CCGGGAUCCAGUUAUUUCUCUCGAACCUGCGAUCUUCAGUGCUUUUUUCAAGACUGGAAGCUCACGAGCUAAAAGAAUAACGCCUCGGGUGCCGAUUUGAUCCGGCUCUCUUCGAGUCAGAACUCUGCCCAGCCACCUACCGUUGUAACUCUCCCAUUCCCACCGUACCGUCAUUCGUCCAGUCUCCUGUCUCUUGCUCCGGGUCCGAGAUUGGUCUGAAACUAUGAUGACGCUAUCAGUGAAAAACUCGGGAGCGAAACCUAAUGAAGUAAGAAGGUUCAGUGGAUUUGGGUAUCAGGCAGGACAUCAAAAGCUGCAUGACUCCGACUGACUCAUUUCUGGCUUACGAGAUUGUGCUACGUCUGGGCGUCUGGGAUGGCACACUCUGCUAUAAAACGUUCCACGACUGGUCCGAGUGGUACCAACUUCCAUUUUCGGCGACUAGAACAUGUUUCCUGGUAUCCAGAGCAUCCACGAGAUUUGUCCCGGACUCAUCUUGCGCUGCGACUGCCUGUCGAUUGAAAUGGACAAGACGAUACUCUCACCAGAGGAAUGGCAUGCGCGCUGGGCUUCUGGGACGCGACCGACGGCGGAUCCAAAACCGUGUCUCGUGAUCGAAGUCGACUACGACACGGAGUUUGUCAAGGUCGCAAGGUUGUGCGAUGCUGCGCCUCGCGACUGCAGAAAAUGGGUCAGAAUAGAUAGUGCGCCUGAAAUUGAAUGGUGCCAUCCAUAUUCUUGGAUCUGGGUCGCAUCCCCUGCGACGAUGCGUCUGGUCAAAAACAGGUCUCGGAUCAUGCAUAUAAACCAAGACCCGCGAUUCAACCAAGACCCUAUCUCCUCCCGCAACCUGCGUCACUAUCUCGUGCACCGCGAAAACUAUGAGAGCUGGCGGAGAUUUCAGGCGCAGACCCAGUCGUCGCCAGAGCCAUCGCCGUUCAGCGCAGCAUACGGGACAAACCUCGGGCCGUACAUCACGCUCCACGUGCAGCCCGUCGUGGUUCCCGCCGGAUUUACGGAACAGCACCCGAUGCAUCCAGGGCUGUACCGAAAUCCGGGGACCGGGUGGUUUUGGAGUGCGGAACGCGGGUUGAUACAUCCCAAAUGACAUAAAAAUGUGUAAGGUCAUACAUGAUAUUGGGCCUGAGAUUUAGACACUGAGAAGUAGAUGGGAUAUUACCUUCCACUUGUGCACACGAAAGACGUUGUUGCGCACUCAAAUGGGCGCCUGGACGCUCCUCCGCCUCCUCGAACACUUCAGCCAACCGAGCGAGACAUGCGUCCGUGGCUUCAGAAUGGCAAGCCACAGGACCAUUGGAACGGCGAUACUGAGUCCCAACGCAGAGACACCCGCCACGAGACCCAAGCAUUGAGCCGCGACCACCGACCAGUUGAACACCAGAAUCAAACACCCGUAGAGAAAUAGCAUCCUUGGAAGUGCGAACGCCGCUGCCAGGAUCCGGAACUGCAGUGUCUCCGAGUGGGCCCUUUCGAGAUAUCGGAGCUAUUAAUUGAAAAACCGAUGUAAAUUGUCGAGUGUGGAGCAAUGCCGGGCCAGACGUACCGCUUCGUCAGCAGUGUACCUCUCCAUCGACUGAUAUUGGAGUUUGAGGACGAUGGAGCACAAGAGGCUUGAGCUUUGUAGCAAUACAGAUAUAGUGAGGGCAGCACCAGGUGGUAGACUCAGUGGCAUCAGUAAGAAUGGCGCGUGCAACCUGAGAUCGAGUUAGACCGGUCAAAAUGGAGUUGUGCAGAUCACUGACAACAGCGCUGCUAAGGACUGUCAAAAGAGUUACGAAACAAAUACACUCUCGAAA